AUGUCAUCUCCAUCUUCUAAUGCGGUGCAGGCCGGGUCUGCGUCAUCCAGCAGUUCAUCAGCACCAUCUUCGCCCGUCGCUUCCUCCGUCUCUUCGUUGAGCGUCGGCACCGACGUUACUCAGCUUGACCAGGCCUCCGCCACUUCUGCCGAUCUCCCUCCCUCACCAACCAAGGAAGACAUCGCUCUUCCUGUCGAAGAAAGACAGGCCAAGGCGAAAGCCCUCAAGGAUGAAGGAAACAAGCUCUUCGUUGUUGGUCAGUAUGAAGCUGCCAAACAUCAGUACGGCCUCGCCAUCGCACUCGACCCUUUCGUCCCCGCGUUCUACAGUAACCGUGCAGCAUGCGAACUCAAACUUGAACAGCAUGGUCUCGCGAUAGAGGAUGCUACCAAGGCUAUCCAACUCGACUCCAAGUUCUCCAAAGCUUAUUUCCGCAGAGCCAGCGCACAUCUCAGCAUUCUCGAUCCCAAGUCUGCACUACCAGACCUUCGCAUUGUUGCCCAGCUUGAGCCCAAGAACGCCACGGUAAAGGCACAGCUUGAAGCCACUGUCAAGCUCAUUCGUCGUCUCGAGUUCGAGAAGGCCAUUAAGGUCCCGGAUGGUGCUCAAGCUGUGGACACAGUCGAGUCCAACCUCAAAGAGGGCUCCGGCGGCACCGUUGUUCCUGACUCGUACAUUGGCCCGCGUAUUGCUGAUGGUGAUGAUCAAGAGACAAAGCAUCUCGGCAAGAUUGAUCAAAAGUUUAUCGAGGACAUGAUUGAGCACUUUAAGAAUGGCGGCAAACUACACAACCGAUACUCGUGGCAGAUCAUCCUUGGUGCCUUUCGAGCAUUGAAGCAGGAGCCGACCUUGGUCGACUACGAGAUUCCCGAAGACACUACAGUCGAUGUGAUUGGCGACACACAUGGUCAAUUCUUCGACUUUAUCCACCUCCUCAACAAGACCGGCCCUCCAAGCGACAAGCACGCCCUCCUGUUCAACGGUGACUUUGUCGACCGAGGCUCAUGGUCGGUCGAGAUUGCUCUCACCGUUUUUGCAUACAAGUGGCUCUAUCCAAAGACUACCCUUAUCAACCGUGGUAACCACGAAACUUCUGAGAUGAACAAGGUCUACGGUUUCGAGGGUGAGUGCAAGGCCAAGUUCGGUGGCGAUCUCACCUUCAAGCUCUUUACGCAGGUCUUCAUCUCCUUGCCUCUUGCCACGCUCAUCUCGGCUACCAAGCCCCCUCUCACUGGCAACGAGCUGCCCGACUCGUUCUCGAUCGCUCAGCGUCAGCCCAUUGUCGCCAAGGACACUGGCUUCAAACGCUUCUUUGUAGUCCACGGCGGUCUCUUCUCCAAGGAUGGCGUGACGCUCGACGAUAUUCGUGCCAUCGACCGCUUCAAGAUCGGGCAGCCUGGUCAGCAGGGUCUCAUGGUGGAGUUGCUCUGGAGCGACCCUCAGGCUGCACCAGGACGUAACCCUUCCAAGCGCGGUGUGGGUCUCGGGUUCGGUCCCGACAUCACCAAGGCAUGGUGCGAGCUCAACGGUGUCACAGCUGUGUUGCGUAGUCACGAGGUGCGCAUGGGUGGUUAUGAAGAAGAGCACGAGGGACGCUGCUGCACUAUUUUCUCGGCCCCCAACUACUGCGACUCGACGGGCAACCUGGGUGCCUUUGCCCGUAUCGACGACAAGGGCAGCAUUGGCUGGACCAGAUUUGAGGCGCAACCCCACCCUAACAUCAAGCCCAUGGCGUAUGUUGGCAACGCCAUGAACGGCAUGCUCGGCAUGUGA